UAUUGGUAUUUCCCACCGAGUGUAUCGAUGGUGCGGUAAAUACCAAUGCGCGCUGUAUGCUAUUUUAAAUACUAGUUGAAUGCCUCACUAAUUAUUACCUUGCUACAAAGUGUAAAUCAAAAUACACAUGUAAACAAUGCAAAGGUCAUCACCAUUCACUACUCCAUUUACCAGAUACUACAUCGGGUAUUAUCGGGACCUUUGCGCAAACAAAAGGGGAUAAUCCGAGCAAUUCAAACGUGCAUUAUAACACUUCGGUGACUUCAAGUCACAUUGCCCAAGCAGAGGGCACACCAUCGAUUGUAUGUGCGCAAGGCACUGCACAAUCUACUCAAGCAAAAGGAUUGAACAGAAGCACAUUACCCACGGCCAUGGUUUAUGUUAAAAACGCAAAUGGGGACUACAUAACAUGUCGCCUCUUAUUGGAUACUGGCUCAGAACUCUCGUAUAUAUCGGAACGUUGCAUUCACGCUCUUGGAUUGGCACGUUUGGCAUUCUUGUUUCGGGAAUAUCUUCAGUAAAAGCCAACACCACAAGGGGAUUCAGCACACCUCACAUCAAGUCCCGAAUUGCUGAGGAUUAUUUGAUUGUAAACGCCCAUGUACUUGGCAGAAUCACUUCAUCAAUGGGAAUGCAAAACAUUGAUGCAUCGGCACUCGAUGUGUUUAGUGAUCUUCAAUUGGCUGACACACACUUCUGCACAAACGCACCAAUCGACAUACUAUUGGGUAGCGAACACGUAUGGUCUACAUUUACAGGAAGGAAGAUGUAUGACAGCAAGGGCAAUCUUAUCGCCAUUUCAUCAAUUUUUGGAUGGGUUAUUACGGCACUCAUGACACCCCAAGCAAGCAACGCAAUUUCACUAACAACAACAUUGGAUAUAGAUGCUUGAAGAUGGUUGAACGUCGCUUGCAACAGAAUGAGCAGCUACGAAUACAAUACAUACAUUUCAUGCGAGAAUAUCAGACUUUGGGACACAUGCGACAACUGCCAACGGAAGAAAUCACCUCUGGGCAACAUUUCUACAUGCCACACCACCCUGUGUUGGGUCGAAAACUCCGAGUAGUUUUCGACGGGUCAUUCCGCGACGCCAAUGAAACUGGCAUACAAAACGAAGUCAAAACCAAUUGUUUGUCUACAUUGGCCGAAUCACAAUUGGAUAAUCCGCGGGAAGAACUAAUAGCCCGAGUCUCCUCCUGGUGGAAGCUGGUGCACACUAUUGGCUAUGUCCUUCGCUUCAUCCAACGCACAAAACAUCCAAAACCUGCUUUCAAGAUGACUACCAAUUGCUACUUGCCAAGAAGCCAUUACGGAGCCGAUCGCAGCUUGUGAAACUGUCACCAAUCAUUGAC